CGCUAUUUUCUUCACGUUGACCAGACUUUCUCUGUUACAGACACCACACGCUGCAAAACAUUGGGACCACGUUGAAAACCUUUGAGCCGGAACUAUAUUCAAGCAGAACGUAAGUAACGGAAAUACGUCAUCAUAACGACGGGACGCACAGCUGGCGGGAAAUAUCACUGAAGUCUGAACGCUGCCUGAAUUGUGCUGGUUAACUGUGUGGGGACUUAUUUUGUGUAAAUGGACUAAUAACAUAUUUUGUUUUGUUUAUGUUACACUGCGGUCUGCGCUGUCUGUCUGUCAUGGUUCAAAUAGUCAUAAGAGGCAGUGGGGAUGGUGGCCCUUGUCCAGAGUGGCUGCUGGUGGAGCUGCAGGGAGAGAUGGUGUCCAGGCACAACUCGGGUCUUACAGGAAAUGUCAUGGGAGAUUUGCUCUACACCAAAGAGGGGGUGCCGGUGCUGAUUGUAGGACAUCAUAUUCUGUAUGGGAAACAGGUCAAACUGGAAAAACCCUUUGCUGUCCUCACCAAGCAUUCUGGCCAAUCACAGGAUACCGUGGGUGGCCACGACAGUAACAGUAACGGUGAUGAUGCCACACAGGUGCCUAUUGAAACGGACCAGAGAGGGUCCACCUCCUCCUCUUACUCUGUGUCUGCCCUCAUCAAACGGAAGCUGAUCUUUAAGACGCGGCCUAAACCCAUUAUCACUAAUGUACCCAAGAAGGUGUAGCAUGACUGUUUCCUCACUGGUGCAGAGGUCCCUGGUGAUGGGAGCCAACUCAUCCACAUGAUCUGUGCUGGACUUGGUUCUCAGAAUACUUCACUUUGUGUUGUCCAACUCUGAUAUGAUGCAUUUUAGUUCUACAUUUGCUGAACAGCUGAUCAGUACUACAGCUUAUGUUUGUCAGUUUGUCAGUACUGUGAUUUAUUUAAUUUUUUUUUUUUAAGUGUGAACAGAUGCUGUAUUGUUUUCCUGAGAUUCUUAGAAAACUGUUGCAGCUCCAUGACUGUCUUAAUGCAGUUUCAAAAGCUUCUGCACACUGACAAGAAUCCCAUUCUAAAGAGAAUAUUAAACAUUUUGUCUUUUCUGGGGAAACAUUUUUCACUAUUUUAUAUCAGCAGGAUGAGUGAAAUUUAUGUACAUCCACAAAUGUGAUGUGUAAAAUUAUCUUCAGUUGGCAUGUCUAUGUAACUGUGUAUAACUUAAUAUGAAUCAUAAACUGAAGUGUAGAGGAAA